CUCUCUUAGUGAUUCUUUCGUGUGUCUGGAAAAACGAUUCCAGUACAAGCCCUUCGGCUUCCUACAGCAGAGAUUUGCACCGGUCAAGUCCCCUGGGUUCCCUUGGGAAGUCUUCUUGGCCCAAAAACAAAUGCUUAGCAGAGGCAGGCUUGCAUGGGUUUUGUGACUGCAAACCUAAUUUCUCCAGGAAGUAUCUAUAGAGGAAGUAUGCUAAUGUUGAAUAAGGCAGCGGGAGUUUUUUAUAAACCAUCAAGAAGGAAAACUUAUGAAUUUCUAAGAAGUUUCAAUUUUCAUCCUGGACAACUAUUUCUUCAUAAACUAGUAUUGGGAAUUGAAACCAGUUGUGAUGAUACAGCAGCUGCUGUUGUGGAUGAAACUGGAAAUGUUUUGGGAGAAGCAAUACAUUCCCAAACUGAAGUUCAUUUAAAAACAGGUGGGAUUGUUCCUCCAGUAGCUCAACAGCUUCACAGAGAAAAUAUUCAACGAAUAGUCCAAGAAGCUCUCUCUACCAGUAAAGUCUCUCCAAGUGAACUCUCAGCAAUUGCAACUACCGUCAAACCAGGACUUGCUUUAAGCUUGGGAGUAGGCUUAUCAUUUAGCUUACAGCUGGUAGACCAGUUAAAAAAACCCUUUAUUCCCAUUCAUCAUAUGGAGGCUCAUGCACUCACUAUUAGGUUGUUAAAUAAAGUAGAAUUUCCCUUUUUAGUUCUUUUGAUUUCUGGAGGUCAUUGUCUUUUGGCAUUAGUUAGAGGAGUUUCAGAUUUUCUGCUGCUGGGAAAGUCUUUGGACAUAGCACCAGGUGACAUGCUUGACAAGGUAGCGAGAAGACUUUCUUUGGUAAAACAUCCAGAGUGCUCCACCAUGAGUGGUGGGAAGGCUAUAGAACAUUUGGCCAAACAAGGACAUAAACUGCAUUUUGAUUUCAAACCUCCCAUGCAACGAGCUAAAAAUUGUGAUUUUUCUUUUACUGGACUUCAACAUGUUAUUGAUAAGAUAAUAACACAAAAGGAAAAAGAGGAAGGUAUAUUUCUAAUUGGUAGAGUUGGAAAAAUAAGUAAUCCUGGAUUGUGCCUAAAAAUACCUGUUUGUUUUGCAGGGAUCCAGAAGGGGCAAAUCCUGUCUUCGGCUGCACACAUUGCUGCUGCAGUACAGCACACAACAGCAUGCCACAUUGCAAAAAGAACACAUCGUGCCAUUCUGUUUUGCAAACAGAGGGAUUUGUUACCUCAAAGUAAAGCAGUGCUGGUUGUAUCUGGAGGCGUUGCAAGUAACCUAUAUAUCCGAAAAGCUCUGGAAAUUGUAACAAAUGCAACACAGUGCACUUUGUUGUGUCCUCCUCCCAGACUGUGCACUGACAAUGGCAUUAUGAUUGCAUGGAAUGGUAUUGAAAGAUUGCGUGCUGGCUUGGGCAUUUUAUACAACACAGAAGGCGUCCGCUAUGAACCAAAAUGUCCUCUUGGAGUGGAUAUAUCAAAAGAAGUUGGAGAAGCUGCCAUAAAAGUACCACCGUUAAAAAUGAAGAUUUGAUUUUUGCUUUUCAAAAAAUCCCUAAAGUAGGAAGAAUAUUAUUUUGGGCAGUUUGCCUCUGAACUUUGGGCUGUAGGUGAAUUUGUCCAAUCCUUUGUGCUAUGUUAUUGAUGGCUUCCUCGGAGACAAUCCGGCGGCGGAUUCGGCGAAUCCUGCGGGUUCUGCGAAUUCGAUGGAUGCACGGGGACAUGGCGAACCAGGCGAUCCGGAACCCAAAUGGGUGAAUCACAAUCCUGUGGAAAAAUACAAGCGAAAUUUUGGCCCGCGGUUAAUAGCACAUCGGGGCCUUUCCAGGUUCCCGAAAGCACAUCUUUCCAUCUUACUAGAGGCUUUGUGGUUAGUUUGCUCUGCCAAUGCUUAAGCAUUGGGGUAUCCCCAGUAUUGUCUGGAGUUAAAUGAUUUAACACAAACAUACAAUGAGCCAGGAUCUGAUGAGGUGAAGCAUACUUGAACUCUAAUUUUUGAAGUCUUACUAUUUGAUUUUUAAAAAUUUGAUUAGUUCGUUUAAUAAUAGCCUGGCCUUGAGGAUUAUAAGGAAUUCCUGUUGAGUGUUGAAUGUGAAACUGUUCAGAGAUUUUUAAAACUCUUUGAUGUAUAUGUUGGCCCAUUAUCAGUUUUAAUUUUGAAAGGCAUCCCUAACACAGAGAAGCAUUGAAAUACAUGUUGUUGAACAUCCUUAAAA